CAUCCUAUCCCACAGUUACAAGAACAAAAAAUAAUGAACAACUAAACCUAACUUCUAUUACACAAUCACUUAUUUUAAAAUUACUGGUUCCCAGAAAUACAAGCGCCACUCUCCCUCCCUGCCUAUUCGCCGUGUUCCUCGCCGUAGCCGCUGCUUCUGUCUCCCACGGUCACGCCGCAGGUUUGUCUCUGACUGGUUUCGAUUGGGUUGUGUAGAUGGGUUUUCUGUUUCGGUGGCUGAGAUUUGCGUGGAUGGGUUUCGUUUGGUUUCAAUUUUAGUUUAUGUGGAAGGGGUGUUUGAUCUGAAUUCUAGUUUGAAUUGAUUAUUUGUUUCUUUCGGAUUUGGCUAAGAGGAGACCAAAUAAAAGUCAAAAUCCAUAACGAUAUUAUCUACUUGUGUGUUUUGAUUUAUACAAAUCAUAGCCACAGCUAUAGGAAGAGGAGGAGUAAGAGUCCAGCAACAUGUCUCCACAGGUUGAAGCAGUAGAAGCUGGUGAUGAUUGUAUCAGUAAAUUGCCUGAUGAUAUUCUCUCUUUGAUUCUUUCGUUUUUGACCAUGAGAGAUGCUGUUAAGACGAGAUUAUUGUCGCGAAGAUGGAGAUUUCUAUCCCCCUUCACACCUCAACUCAAGUUUGAUAUCCUUUCUGUUUUUGGGAAAAGCUCUGAUUCGCAAAACAGUUCUAAAUUUUUGAUGGCGGUUAAUCAAUUCUUGCGCUCCUAUACUGGUCCUAAAAUUGAUACCUUCCGACUUACUUAUCGCCUUGGUUAUGAAUCUGCCUCACAUAUUGAUGGAUGGAUUAAUUUUGCUUCGGAGAUGGAGUCUAAAACAAUUUCUCUUGAUUUUGAGUUUGGAUUUGAUUCUGGAAUAGAACGCUAUGAUUUUCCUUGUCACCUCCUCCCUUAUGAUACUAAAACAUCUAGCUUGAAGCAUCUGCACUUAGCAUCAUGUACUUUUACACCUUCUCCUGAUUAUGCCAAAAGAUUAAUUUCUUUGAGAACUCUUUAUCUUUGUCAUGUACCUUUAAGUCAAUGUCAUCUGGACACUAUAAUUUCUACUUGCUUGAACUUGAAGUGCUUUAAACUGUAUUGUUGUCCUGUGCCUGAGACUCUUCGUAUAUUUGGUCCAUCUAGUGGAUUGGAAUCUUUCAAGAUUUCUUGUAAUGGCUACCUGAAGAUUGAGCUUAAUUCUCUUGAAAAUUUGAACUUUUUUGAGUUUGUUGGUCAUGCAAAGGAACUCACAUUUAUUGGCCUUCCUGCAUUGAGAAAGGCAUAUUUCAAGUUCUUUAAUAGAAUGUGGAGCGGUACUCUAUAUAUGUAUAUGAAACUUGCAAAAGAUCUUCCCCAGCUAGAAAUUCUAUCAGUAGUUCUUUUUCCUUUUGAGGGUGUGCCUGUAAGUGACAGUGUCAGUCCACUCAGGAAUCUCAAAGAAUUGGUACUGUAUAAUUACUUAUCGAAUUAUGACCUUUUUCGAAUUGUACCUCUGAUCGAUGCAGUUCCUGCUCUGCAAAAAUUGUAUCUUACUUUACAUUAUAGCACCUGUGAUCAAUUUAAUAGAGCAAAGGUGGGGAGUAAACAGCCGCAUUUAGAACUUAAAGAGCUUGAGAUUAGUGGAUGUGUUGGUAGAUCAUGUGAGAUGGAAUUUAUUACUUAUUUACUUGAUAAUUGCAUCGCACUCAAGGUGAUGUCUGUUAGAAGAGACAGAAAGAAGUAUCUUGGAGAUGGUAGGUGGACGAAUGACGGAAUAACUCGUGGAGAGCUUAAUCUGGAGGUGCUUCGUGAUAUGCUUCUGCAGCAAAUGGUUAACUCGUGUAUAGAAAUAAUUGACACCAACAUGCUGGUUAUGAAAUUGGAAUAGAAGCCAAUUCCUAAUAACCAAGUAUGUUGUUAUUUCCUACAUUGAACUUGGAUAAUAUAUUAUUUAAAUGCCUGAUUUUUGUUAUUCUUAAUUUCUUUACAUAUAUUGAAAAAGAAUAUUUAUUA